AUCCAAGAGAUGCGAAAUCGUUUGGCCAUGGCGCGGGAAAAUGAGAUGAAAAUGAGCGCGCCAACAUCAUCUUCCCGCUCAACAACAAAGCUUCUAUGCUCAUUUCCUUAUUCAUUUUUGACAUUAACCAUAAAAACACUUUUCUUUCUCUUUUUCUACUCUUUCUCGGUGACCAAACACCUGAUUAGGGUUCGUUCUUCUUCUUUUGCACAAGCUCGGAUUUAGUUCUCACCAUCACCAAUGCCAGCAAUUGCAGCCAAGCGCAGAUCAAGAUCUCCUGCCCCUUCCCCUCCUGACCGUAAAUUGCCCCGCCGAUGCACUGCCACAGCUCGAAAUAAAAUUGGCAUCGAUGAAAACCAAGCUGAAUUGCUGAAACCUGCAGCUUUGAAGCCCCAAUGGAAUCCCAAAGAUGGUGAGCAAUUGAGGAUGGUGAAGGAGGCAUUGCACUUGUCUACUGUACCAUCUACAAUUUGUUGCCGCGAUGAGGAGCAAGAUGUGGUUUUGAGGUUCUGCAAGCGGUGCAUUGAGCAUGAGAAGGCUGGGAGUCUGUAUGUAUGUGGGUGUCCCGGAACUGGGAAAUCAUUGUCUAUGGAGAGGGUGAAAGAGCUUUUGAUGAACUGGGCUACAGAGGCUGGUUUCUCGCUGCCAGAUAUUUUAUCUGUAAAUUGUACAUCCCUUGCCAAUACAUCUGAUAUUUUCACUAAGAUACUUGGGUUAAACCAAGGACGGGGAAAAAAGGUUUCAGCCACACCCUUACAACAACUUCAGAACAUAUAUUCUCAGAAAUCAUCUAUCAAGAACAUGAUAUUGAUAGUAGCUGAUGAAUUAGAUUACCUAAUAACCAAAGACAGAGCUGUGCUCCAUGAUCUUUUCAUGCUUACUACCUUCCCAUUUUCCAGAUGUAUAUUAGUAGGUGUAGCAAAUGCAAUUGACCUAGCUGAUCGAUUUCUUCCGAGGCUUACAUCAUUAAAUUGCAAGCCUAUUGUUGUAACUUUUAGGGCAUACUCUAAAGAUCAGAUCCUUAGGAUUCUCGAAGAAAGGCUAAAUGAACUUCCUUACACUGUCUUCCGACAUCAAGCACUGGAACUAUGUGCUAGGAAAGUUGCUGCAGCUUCUGGAGAUAUGCGGAAUGCUCUUUGUAUAUGCAGGAGUGCAAUAGAGAUGCUAGAAGCAGAAAUUAGAGAAUCUGCCUGCAAUUUGAAUACUUCAUUGGAAGAGAAGUCAUCCUCCCAGCAAAGUCUUGCUACAGCUCCUGAUUUUAUGAAAAAACAAGAAUUUGAUAUUGUAAGGGUUGAUCAUAUGGCUCUUGCCUUGUCAAAGACAUAUAGAUCACCGGUGGUGGAUACAAUACAAUCUCUGCCACAUCAUCAACAGAUUAUACUUUGCUCUUUGGUGAAGCAAUUCCGUGGAGCCAAGAAAGAUGCAAUCCUUGGGGAGUUGUAUAAGUCUUAUAUGGAGAUAUGCAAAUCAUCACUCAUUCCCCCGGCAGGGAUCCUAGAGUUUUCAAACAUGUGCAGAGUGCUGAGUGGUCAGGGGCUGAUUAAACUAGGACAAUCCCGAGAGGAUAAAUUGAAAAGAGUGACACCCAAAGUAGAUGAGGGUGAUAUUACUUUUGCAUUGCAGGGAAUCCGUUUUUUUCAAAACUGUCUUAAAUGUUUCUGCUGAUAGACUGGUGGUUUUCAUUCAGCUUGAUGUGAGACUGUAGAUUCUUCCAUAGAUUAAGGUUAGUUCAUUUGGGUCAGACUGUUGUCCUCAUUGUAUGAAGUGGAUAUACUCGAUGAAACAUACAGUAGCAGAAUUUUCAGCUACGGAGGAUUUUUUUUUUUUUUUUUCAAGAACGAAUAAUAGCAAUAGAAGAAAGCAUUGCAAAUAAUAUAAUAUUGAUAUUGUAGAAAUUCUUAAACUUCAUCAAUUUGGGAU